CAAAUAUUUAGGGACACUUUAUGGUGUGUGUCAUCCUCAUACUCGCUCACUUCGCCACCUUCAGUUCGCUUACAUGCCCAUGGAAAUCAAUCCAAUCGUUUAGGUUUUAACCAAACCGAAUGGUUCCUUCCAAUUCAGACUUAAAUACGAAAACCUAACCAAUGUUUGGGCAAAAGUCCGCUUAUUUAUUCAUUCGUAUACAGCUACACGCGUUUGAGAUUAAUGUUAUAAUGAUCAUAAAAGGGUUGUUCAGAAGAUAUGAAAGAUGGAAUCCUGUGCAUCCAACAUAUGGAGCAUUUUGGGGUAUGGGAGUAGGGAUUGGUUGUGGAGUUGGAUGGGGUCCUGGUUUUGGUCCUGAUGUGAUCGGUUAUGUUGGAGCUGGCUGUGGUGUUGGAUUUAGUGUGGGCUUCACUUUUGCUGGCGUUGGCGUUGGUCUUCCUGCAAAUUAUCUCUAUGGAGUUCCUUACAAUGCUUUUAUGGCAACAAGAAAUGGUGCAAUGGAGAUGGCCAGAUCCAGUGGUUUCCAUGUCCCAAAGAGUGUUGCAGGAGAUGGACAGACUAUAAUUGUGCCUCACGUCUCAAAUCUGCAAAGAGAAGCUAGUGAAAAAUUAUCUAGUUUUAAGAAAAAGGUGCUCUUGGAUGAAAAAUUAAAUUCAUUUGACAUAAAGACCCUUCUACUUGCCCCAAGUAAGUCCAUCUGGGCAAGUGUAGGGGAGUUUCAUAAACAGUUAUCCAGGCAUCACAAAGGUUCUCAAGAGUAACACCAUUUGAAGUCCUCUGUGCUUAUACGGAAGUUUGUCAUCGCCUUAGUGCAAGAAGCGGCUGAAGAUGCUCUCCUUGCUUUCAAGCGAUUCACUUCCUCUGCCGGAUAGCUCCCUACCUCUAUGUGCCUAGCUGGUACUCUCUUAUUUGGUUGUGUAGUUGAGCUUCUAAAUGAUGGUUGGUGAGACUGAGAUCCACAGUGGCAGUUGAACAAAGCUGUAUUCUCUAAUUCUAAAUAUAGUAUGAAAUGUUCGCAGAGAGAAUUUUACCAAGUAGUGCAAGGCAAGGCUAUUCCAUUUCCAUGUCCUCUUAUAUUAGCAGUAACUGGAUUUUGUGAUUACAAAUGAUGCUUCUAAUCUUGUGGCAUCUUUAUAGUUUUAAGAGGACACAUGUUUAAUGCCAGAAAUUAGUGUUCGUUUAA